AUGGAUUCCUCUCUUUUACUUCACAACAUUAUAUCUCUCUUAUUCAUCUUCUUUACCAUUAACUACUCUCAAUCUCAAACUCCAGUUGCUAAACCGAAGCCUUCAGCCCUUUUCGUGUUUGGGGACUCCACUGUUGAUGCAGGAAAUAACAACUUCAUAAGAACUCCUAUGAAAAGCAAUUUCCCACCUUAUGGUAGGGAUUUUAUCAACCACAUUCCCACCGGAAGGUUCAGUAAUGGCCGCCUUGUACCUGAUUUCGUCGGUAAAAAUGACUGA